CCUUCAGAAGUCUGUUCACCUCACUGGUCCCUCUUACACCAGAGAACGCGCCUUCUCUAGCUGUGUGCCUUCUUCCCCACAGCCCUAAACUACCUAUUGCCCAGGUUCCCUCUUGCCCCACCAGGAGAAGAUGGCCUAUGAAAAAUCAGUUGACAUGUUUGAAAUCUCCAGGUCAAUGUUCAUGUAUCCAUGGCUGGAAUAUCCAGACAGGGCCAAAGAAUUCAGAAAAGUCAUGGCUCCUGUUCACCUGCCUUUGUCCUGCUACAAGAUGCCAAAGGAAGAGCUUCCCCUAAGUCCAGACUUUUGGAGGCAGCACCCAAGCAAGCCACACUCAGUCCCUUACUGCUACUCCAAGAAACCUGAGAUCUACACACACUGGCAUACCCUGUAUGACCAGCGAAAGGAACGAGAGGCCCAGAAAAUGUUACUGAAAAUGAGAGGCCAUCAUCCUAAGGACCUCAAAGAUAGUAGUCAAAAAUUCCGUCUCCCAAUGAGCAAGUUGAUUACAAAAUCUCAGGUGGGAUCUGGGACCUUAGAGCCUACCAGGGAUCAUCUGAAGUGGCAAAGAUUAAAGGAGCUCACAAAAACCUUGGAAUCUCCUAGAGAAAAUGAUCAGUUCUAUGCAACACAGGCUCUGGGGUAUCUUGGCAUCAGUGAAGAGUUUAUUAUGAAGGCACUAUGGCAGGUGGCCCAAACUGGCCCGAAGAAAGUGAAGUGUGAGGCUUAUCGAACCCUGGCCAUCCUGGGUUGCUUGAAUAAGAAUGUGAUCCAGGCUCUCAUCAAACAACUGAAGGAGGAAAGUAAGCGUCAAGGGAUGGAGACUCUGAUAAGGCUACGAAUGGCUCUGAACUCCUGGGCUGCUGUCCCUGAAGACAAGAGGACUCAAGUCGAGAAUGAAGAAGAGCUGGUACUAGUGCUGCAGAGACUGAUAAAGUCGUCCUCAUGUGAAACAGCCCUGGAGGCAGCCCUGUGCUUGGGUUUCCUGAGGCCUUGUAGCAACAUAGCCCAAGAAUUUUUGCUGCAGUGCCUGAGCCAAGGGACCAAGACCCAGCAGAUGAAGGCACUUAGGAUGCUGGUCAAGAUCAUGAAUGUAAACUCCGCUGUAGUCACCAGGGCCAUUCUCACCCAGCUAUGUUCUUCAAGUGUCAUUGAGGACCGCUUCGAAGCCACCCAGAUGCUCAGGACCAUUGGGCAGGAAGAGAUCAAGGCACAGGGGCUAGAAGAACUCACAUUUGACCUGCUCAAAUGGAAGACACAUUGCGACCCCUUCUUUGCUUUGAGACAAGCUGUGGCUGAAACUGUAGAAAAGCUCAAUAUGAAGCCUAUGAUGAUGAACCAGAUAGAAGUGCAAUUAAUGGACCCAGAUGCCACUGCUCGCCAGCAAGCAGUCAUCUCUUUGGGUGUGCUGGGGAUCCGUGGCCCACAAGUAUUCCACCUGCUACUGGACAUGCUAGAUACAGAAGAGAACCAGGCUGUGAAGAAAAGUCUACAAGAAACAUUAAUCAUUUGGGCCUCAAUUGAUCCCUGGAUCCAAAAGAAGCUAAAGAACAAGGUUUUCUUUGUCUAUGAGGCACCUAAAAACAGAAAGACAGAGCCUACAAGGUUCCGGACAGAGCCUGAGGAAGAAGAGUUAACUGUUCGGCACUUUCAACUCGCUAGGCUGAAUCCCUUGCUUGUUGCAAAGGCCAGCACCAAGGUAGAUCAAAAGAAAAAGGUUCCUGACUUCCCAUCCGAUCUCUCUCAACCACAAAAACAAAAGUCACAGACCACAGGGCCCUGGCAGCCAAGGAUUAGGCAACAGCUCCGGGCCCUGGCUGAAAACCACAAACAGAUCAGCUCUUUGGGCCUACUCUCUUCCUGAGGACAGUUUUCAUGUUUCUCCGAGGAGAUAAUCCAUACUUCCCUUUUGUGAAUAAAUGAGUGCCACGAUA